CCCGGGAAAGCCCGGGGGUGUGGCGGCGACUGUGGCCAGGCGCCGGUCUGGGUGCGCCGGAGGGCGGGGAGUGGCCUCUUUCGGCGCCUGGAGGCGGUCACUGGAUCUGAGCUUCGGGGUCUGAGGCGAGCGAGGGGCCAUGAGGACAACGAGGGAGUCUAGAGACCGCUGCCCGGCACUCCUCCCUCGCACAGCGGCGACUCGGCGGCCGCUGGAGUAACCGCUGCCUUUGUUCCGAGCGCCUGUCCCUCCCGUCGCCCUAGCCUCUCACUCCGCCGCGCUCCGGCCGGCCCGCCCUCGGUCCCCGAACCCCCAUUCGGCUCGUGCCGCGCGGAUGCGGCUGACGGGCCUGGGUUUGGGCUUUGAGCUGGAGGAGGAGGAGGAGCGGCGGCACCUGGGCGGCAUGCAAUGGGGAACUGCUGCUGGACGCAGUGCUUCGGGCUCCUCCGCAAGGAAGCUGGGCGGCUGCAGCGAGUAGGCGGAGGCGGAGGAUCCAAGUAUUUUAGAACAUGCUCAAGAGGUGAGCACUUAACUAUAGAGUUUGAGAAUCUAGUAGAAAGUGAUGAAGGGGAAAGCCCAGGAAGCAAUCAUAGGCCUCUUACUGAGGAAGAAAUUGUUGACCUGAGAGAGAAGCAUUAUGAUUCUAUUGUUGAAAAACAGAAAGAUCUUGAUAUGAAAAUCCAAAAAGAGUUAGCCUUACAAGAAGAGAAGUUAAGACUAGAAGAAGAAGCUUUAUACGCUGCACAGCGUGAAGCAGCCAGGGCAGCAAAGCAGCGAAAGCUCUUGGAGCAAGAAAGACAGAGAGUUGUGCAGCAAUACCAUCCUUCAAACAGUGGAGAAUAUCAAAGUUCAGGACCAGAAGAUGACUUUGAAUCUUGUUUGAGAAAUAUAAAGUCACAGUAUGAAGUUUUUCGAAGUAGUAGACUCUCAUCAGAUGCCACAGUUUUGACACCAAAUACAGAAAGCAGUUGUGAUUUAAUGACCAAAACUAAGUCAACUAGUGGAAAUGAUGACAGCACAUCUUUAGAUCUAGAAUGGGAAGAUGAAGAAGAUAAAUACCCAGAAGUGGAACUGCUGAAUCAUAUGGCAUCUGUCAUCUGGCCCCCCCGGUUCAGUGUUAGCUCCGGAUAUCCCUAGCGACCAGGGAUGUGGGACACUGACUCCUCACUGGUCCUGCUUUUGCUGUCUGUGUAAGUAAUAAACUUUCUAAAUCUAUUCAGCUGCAUUGCCUUUCUAUUGGCCAAAUCUAUGGAAGUAUGACAGCCAAACUAGCAGCUACGGCUACUCUUGAUGAUAACUUAUUGGUUUCUGACUUAAUAAAUGUAGUGGGAGUAACAGGUUUGGGAAAUUGGAGGAAAUUAAGAGCUCUGUUUUGGAAAGUUAAAUUUGAGGUAUUUAUUAAAAAAAAAACCUGAAUGAAGAUGUCUGCCAAGUAGGUGAUGGGAUAUAUGUCUACAGCUCAGAGAAGAAUAGGUACAAGUUUAGGAGUCAGUAGUAGGUAAAUAGUAAUUUAAGUAAUUAUUCCAGCUGAGAUCCCCCUGAGGAAGCAGACAGGCAGAGAAGCCCAAUUAAGUGUUGCCCUUCAGAAGUCGGGGGUAGAGAACAGGCCAAAAGAAGCAGAUAGGGGAGGAAUUCGAGGAACCAAAGAAAUGUGGUGUCACCAGAGCCAGAAAGAGAGGAGUCAAUGAUAUCAAAUGCUACUUGGGCACUGAGAGAAAGGGCAGGUGCAUCAGCUGGGCUUGGGAACAUGAAUAUUGCAUGUUCCAUUUUUUCAAAUGAAGGGAUGGAAACUGAGAAGUAUCUUGUAAGGGGUGAAGAAUAAAGAAUGGCCAGUGUAGAUAAUUUAUUUGAAAAGUUGCGGUCAGAGCAGAGAAAUGGGGUAACUGGAGGGUAUAUGGAGUUGUGUGAGGGUUUUAAGAUGCUAGAACUUUUUAAAUGGUAUAACCAGGAAUUAUGCCUGCUUUUAUUUUUUUUUUUUCCAGUAAUUGGAGUGCUGUGCAACUUGUGGGGAUCUUAGUUCCCAGACCAGGGAUUGAACCUGCACCCUCGGCAGUGAAAGCGCGGAGUCCUAACCACAGGACCGCCAGGGAAUUCCCAUGUCACAUCUUAUUUUGACUGUCUAUCCUCAGAAGUUUCCUGUUUUAAAAUAUUACUACCUUGAUUUGGGUUUUUGAGAAAUGAUUCCACUAACAGUAUUAAGAAAGCCGUUGUGUUCCCCUGCAUCUCACGAUGAUGUCUUCUAUGAAGAUGCUAGUAAGCAAUGCCAACCUGGCUCAUCUCUAGUCCUUCAGUGGCCUUCCACCAGCAACAAAAUGUUGAAUCCAGCAUCAGCGCUAAAACCACUGCUUUCCUAUUUUUUUCACCAGUGUCCCUGCCCUAAAUGCAUCGCUUAGAGAGGUACCUAGCCAAAUAAAUAUUUUCAUGUAGGUUGAAUAGUAGAAUGAUGAGUGAUUGGACUUGGGUACAACUCAUACCAACUAGAAGCCCAGUAAAUUCCAAUCACAAUUUUCCAAGUGCUCAUCCUCCGUCAUCACCUGAAAUGGAAGAUCUAAUUGUUUCAAUCAGGCUCCAGAAAGUAAAAUAGUAACCCUGUUAACAGAUAACGAUUACUAUAAGGAAUUAAAUAAGUGUUAGAGAACUGAAAAUGUUAAAAGGGCCAUGAGAUAACAUGGAAUCAGCUACCAAAUAUAUACACACGAAAUGUGUGAACAACAGUUAUCUCCUGGUAGUAAAGAUUAUAGCUAAUUUUUCCACAAGGCAUAUUAAAACUAAUACUACACUCAUGUUAGAGCCUAAAAGUAAUGCUUCUUCAAGUCAGUCAAUGCAGUAGAUAGUAGAGACAGAAUCUUCUAGAAUAUGGUUAUAUAAUCACAUAGCAUAUGAGAUUUCACCAUUGGAAAGCACCCCCUUGUCAUAAAGUUGCAGGUUCAAGAAGAGACUGCCUAUGACUGUAACACUGGCACCAAUUAAUACACCCCUUUACUGAAAGAGCCCAAGAAAAAUCAGUUUCCUGGGACAAGUGAGUCCUUAAGAGGUGAACUGCGAGUCUCACAACUUACCUGCAGUGCCUAGUAUCAAACACCAACAUUUCUGUUUGCCCUCACCCACACCCCACUGUGGCCACUUUCUGAGAAAAUGCUUUUCUCAUCCACAUGGUCACUGACAGGAGCAGCCAUCAUUUAACGUGACCUGAGGCAAGUUCAUUGGUAGAUGGGUGGGCACCUGACCCAAGCUGACCCUUCUCUUGGACUGGAAUUGGGAGAUAAGGUUCUCUUUGGGUGGGUGAUCAGUAACUUAUAGCACUUGGGAGCUACUGGUGGCCAUGUGCCUCCAUGUGGGGUGAGGAACAAAUAAUGGAGCCAAUAUGCAUUGAGGGGCACAGCUGGAUGUGUCUGAGUCCCCAGCCACAGCCUCUGCCUGCGGCCUACUGCAGUCCUCCCUUACAGCAGUCUAAAAACAGUUCCUCCCUUUCUUCAGAAAGAGUUUCAAAGAAAAUGGUUAGAGAAUUAAACUUGACUUUAUUAUGUA